UUUCAUUACACGAUUACAUCGCGCUGGUAAAUAAUACGUGCAUGUCCAGAUCUAAUAAUAAAUGCAUGUUAAUAUUAAAUAAAGUGGACAAGGCGAGAUUUAGUUCCUGCAGUGGAAAAAUUUCCCAGUCAAAGAACAGAACAGAGCAAAGAAAAGCAUCACAGAGACAUCUAUCUGUGCUAUCUGCAGCUCCAUUUUUCCUUCGCUUCUUUGCUUUUGCCCUUUCCAGUCAGCAUCUCCGAAUAAACCCCCGACAUCCAACUGUCUUCUGCAGUCCACACGUUCCUAGCUCUGAAGUAAGUCUCGGAUCUGCAGCUACUCGACCUUGAUGCUAGACAUCUCCCAUCCUAACCGUCAUCCAUCUCUCUUCUCUCUACUUUCUCUGUUCCUUUCCUUUCCCUUUCUGUUCUCUCGCUCGCUCACACACACACACACCACAAUUGCUGAACUCCACUCCAACACAGCUAUCUCAUAAUCUAACCUCAUGACUGCUGCUUCGCCCGUCCCUCCAUCCGUCGAUACUGGCCUGAAUGGCAACCAUACUAUCAACAUGACUCUCCCUCGUCUCCAUCCUAUCGCCAUGAACUCCGCUCCUCAAGCAGAUCCUCUUCUGCAGAAUCACUACCGUCGCUACGCCCCUCCUCCCCAAGAACAGAUCCCACCACAACCUGCACAGCCCUUGAAUCCGUCUCCCCCCCAAUUGGAACACAUCGAGGCGCGUUUGCGCCAAUUGGAACAUGAAGAGGCUGCCCGUACGCUGGCUCGUAGUCAUCAGCUCGCCGUUCGAGAACGCGAGGACGAAGAAUUCCGCAGGCUGACGGAGACUGCUGAACUUGAGGAAGAGGAUCUGCGCAGGCAAAGAAAACGUUUGAAACGGGAAUCUAUGGGACUGACUUACGACCCUUUGGUCGAUUCGCCUCCUCUUCCCGCACAACCUCGUCGUUUGUCGGAAACAAACGCCGCUACCACUCUUGCCUUUUUCAAACAGCAGACUCCACCCGAUUUCCGUCAAUAUCAACCUCAGCCGCAGCCGCAGCCGCAGCCACAACAACAUCAGCAACAACCCCCACUGCCCCCUCAGGCACCGACCCCUAUUAUCCAUGAUGUGAAUGUAGGAGGAGCUUUACGCCGAAAACAAAAGUAUACAAUAAAGAACGUGGAGGCGUGGGGCGAACGUCAUGGACGCCCAGCGGCCCACGACCCCAGUGGUCGUGCCUUGUGGAAACGGCCGUCGGAUGGGAGCUUGGUGUAUCUGACCUGCCCUAUUUCCGGUUGCGAGAAAGAUGAUUUUGUGACCCUUCACGGCUUCAUGUGUCACCUGACCAAGAAACACAAAGACCGCAGUUUGGGAAGCCAGUCCCGAGCUCUGGAGAUCUGUGGGAUUGUGUAUGACCCUAACGCUCCUCUCCUACCUGUCCCGAAAAUGCACCGGGAUUCAACGGAGGAGAGUCAGCCGGAGUCGGCACCGGCCGAUGCCAACAGUCAUGAACUGGAGUACUCGUCGUCUGCGGUGGAGGAUGACGAUGAACCCGUACCUCCGCAUGCCGUCAAGACCGAACCCGUCGAUCGUGCACCGCCGUUUGCACGGACUCCCGUAGGACCUGAGGAUGAUGCCACGACACCUCCUCUGACCAAUAGAUCGACCAAACCCUCCAUCUCCUCUAUUAUCGACCAUGAACCCGAAGAUCCGCCUCGAGAGAUGUUGUCUGAGUCAGCACCUCCGCCUUUUAUCGAUGCAGCGGCUGCAGUGACACCAGCCAGCUCUCAUCAGUCAGCAGACGGGAAUAACGAGUUCAAAGACUCACCUGAUACAAAAUAGCGGCCAUAAGCCAUUAUCUCUUUGGAUAAAUCAGAAAAAUAACCAAAUAACCACUAGUUGCCUUCCCUCUCAAUCACAGUGAAAUAUCAUUUGACUUGUAUAGGCGAAAACUCAGGCAUGCCUCUUUUUUUUCUUCUCUUGUUUUGAUUUAUUUUAUUAGCGCAUGGGUGGUUCUAUGUUUUCAUUCAUAAAAUUAUUGAUAAUCCAAUACUUCCAUAGUCAGGUGCGAUAGUGAGGUUCUGAAUUGGAUAUGCUUGAUGCAGUUACCUCCCAAUUCAAUCAUUCAAUCUACGGAAUAGUGCGUUGAUUAAAGUUGCUUUCUUUUCUCCCUAAAGAAAUAAGACUGGAAUAUGA